CGUCUACCCUCCUGGCAGACACAUCGUACGCAAAUAGCACACACGCACCAGCACAUCACAUCGCAGUUUGACGUUUUACAGUAAAAAAGUUUUAAACAUUUGAGCAUUCAGUGCGUAUUUGUGAAAAGUGUUGAGACUAAGACAAGUUUGAGGUGUUGAACUUUUUCUGUGAGUUUAGUCAAAAAGUUUUGUUUGAAGAUGUCACAAGCGCAAGUAACCACGGAAGAGAUGCGCCCCCGAGGUGUCUACAGCAUUGAUCAAAUUCUUGGAGUUGCCACCAGCACACCAGCCAGAAAAAAUAGUGAAGAAUCGGACUCAAAAGUUGAUUCUAUCAGCGAAAGCGAGAUGAUGGAGAGUGAUGAUGUCCUAGACGGAAUGGAAUCACGGCCCAGGAAGAUCCGUCGGUCGCGCACCACGUUUACCACCUACCAGUUGCAUCAGUUGGAGCGGGCGUUCGAAAAAACGCAAUACCCGGACGUGUUUACGCGUGAGGAAUUGGCCAUGCGGUUGGAUCUCAGCGAGGCGAGAGUUCAGGUCUGGUUCCAGAACCGUCGCGCCAAGUGGAGGAAACGCGAGAAGGCAAUGGGACGCGAUGCUGGUCCAUUUAUGCAUCCCAGUGAGCAGUCCAGUAUUCCGGAGUUUGCACUGCAUGGUCAUUUGGGUCUACCACCGCUGGGCGGCGAGCACUUCUGGCCCGGUCUGCCAUUCCCACCUAUGUUCAACCCGGCGUUGGGCCUUCCAUGGAAUAAACCACCGCAUCUGAAUGUGCCAUCUUUCCAUGCGUUAUUAUCACAAUAUAUGUUGGUUGGAGGUGCACCGCCGGGCGCUGCAAUUCUUCCACCGGUUGAUGACCGAUCAAGGAGUGCUAGUCCUGAAGAAGCUCCAACCACCUCGCCCAAUAUGUCUUCGUUAGAGGCAUUGAGAAUGCGUGCGCAAGAUAUGAUACCCAAAACGUCACCACAACUUCACGCAAAGUCCUAAAUUGAGCUAAUUUAUUAGAAUUACUAAACCUAAAACUGUAUAUAAAUAAGAUAAUUGUAGAUCUCGAUCGAAUUACUUAUCGCUACUCAAGAUUCCAAUAUUAUUUAUAAAAGAUGUGCAAUGAGGAAGAUCCGCAUGUUGAACAUUAAAAACUCGUUGAUUGAGUGCUAUUUAAUGACAAUUAGACAUUGAUGUGUAGGAAGUGUAUAUCGAUAAAUAACGAAUUAUGAAUGUAAACAAUAAUAACGGAUAAUAAUAAUAAAAUCAUGUUAAUAAA